GUUGUUUCAGGCUUCUUAACUAUUGAUGCUUUUUUGAGUCAUCGACUGCAACUAUAUAAAACCAAGAUGCGAAGUGUAAAAUCUAGUUCAUUUCUCUUUAUCCAACGACAAAGCAGGACGCAACAAUGAGAGUAUUCAUUAUUUUAGGUUUUUUGGUAGCAGCGUCCAGUGCUGGAGACUUGAGCGGUUACAGCUACAGUACAACAGCAAGACCACUGACUGAAAGUUUGCAAGGAAGUGGAAGCUCUUUGGUUGGUAAUAUUGGACUUGCUGGUACUGGAGGACUUAUCGGAAACCGUUUGAUUUCCACUGGAAACAGUGGUAUCAUCAGUUCAGGAAACCUCAUUGGCAACGGAUUGAUCAACACUGGAAACACCCGUGUGAUCAGUACCGGAGGAUAUGGAAGUGGACUAAUUGGAAACCGUUAUGGCAGUGGAAUUAUUAGCAACGGAGGUGGUAUCAUUGGCAAUGGAGGCGGUCUUAUCAGUACUGGUGGAUAUGGAGGUAGGCUUAUUGGAGCUGGUGGUUUGAUUGGCUCAGGUAGUGGACUUAUCAAUGGAGGAGGUCAAAUCAUUAGCGGAGGCAGUGGACUCAUCAAUGGAGGAAGCCAAAUCAUUAGUGGAGGCAGUGGACUCAUCAAUGGAGGAAGCCAAAUCAUCAGUGGAGGCAGUGGACUCGUUGGUAUUGGUGGAGGAAGUCAAAUCAUCAGCGGAGGAAGCGGCCUCGUUAGCGGUGGAGUUUCCAACGUCAUUGGAAUUCCCUCUCUAGACUCAAUUCCCCAGACUGUUGAAUACAGCAAACAAUUCUUCCAUUUCGAGGCACCCGAAGAGAUCCAAGAAGAAGGAACCGUCACCAAGCAACUUAGCAACGUCUUGAAGAAGAACCUUCAGGUCGUCUUUAUCAAGGCACCCGAAAACAACGCCGCAACCAGUGCCGCUCUCCAAUUGGCCAAACAAGCUAUUGAACAGAAGACUGAUAUUUAUGUCCUUAGCAAGCAAAACGAUGGUGCUCAAUUGGUUGGACAACUUCAACAAAUCCAAGAGAACGUACCCACCGUACCUGAUGUCAGGAUUGUCAAAUACAGGACUCCUCAGGAUCUUGCCUACGCCAAGGAAAUCAUUCAAGCUCAAUACGAAAAUACUGGAGGAUCUUCUGAGUCAUACGAUGGGGGUGUUGCUCCAGUUCUAAACUACGCUAGUGGAGUCAGUACAUUGUCCAGUGGUGGUGCUCUUUUGGGAUCUGGUUUGGGAUCUACAAAUAUUAUUGGAGGUGGUGCUGUUUUGGGAUCCGGUCUUGGAUCUACAAAUAUUAUUGGAGGUGGUUCUGUUUUGGGAUCCGGUCUUGGACCUACCACCACCAUCAUUGACAAUGGUCCCUUGAUAUCAUCUGGCCUUGGAUCAACCAAAAUUAUUGGAAGUUCCCCUGUUUCGAUCGGGUCAACCAGAAUUAUUGGAUCUACCCCUGUUGUGGGAUCAAUUCGUUCAACUGUUGCCCCAUUGACCAUCGGUUCAACCAUCAGCCCAUUGACCUAUGGUUCAACCAUCAGCCCAUUGACUAUUGGAUCAACAAUCAGCCCAAUAUACAGAUCUGGAAUCAGUUCAACUAAAAUUGUCAAUGGUGGUUCCAUUCUGAAUUCGGGAAAUUACGGUUUGGGUUCAAACAAUGUAGUCUCUUACAGUUCACCCGAAACAACACAAAUUCUCCCCCCUUUGAAGAAAAAGUAAAGUGUUAUAAUGUUAAAGUAAUUUUAAUAAUAUUUCAGUGAAUAAAACGAAAUACAGUAGAAUUUUAA